GAGGUCACCGAGGCAAUUUGGGGUUUAGUGCCAUGGUCCUACUAUCAGUCAACCUCAUUGCUUUGUAGAUGUGCCUAAAGAAGGCGAAGGUGACAAGUUAGAACUUUGGAGAGAGAUCCUAGUGUCGAAGUAUUUCAAGUUCAAUACAACUAUGACGAAGUAUUUGAAACAUAAAUUUGUAGGAAGCAAGGGUGGCUUUAAUGGAAUAGGUUUUUCAGGAGUUUUAUGCAAUAAGAAAAACCCAACCAAACUCAAGGGAAUUUCCAUCAAUGGUAUUUAGGUCAGCAAUGCAGAACGAGACAAAGUGUUGACACUUGGCAAUUAAGAAAUCUCAAGCUAAGAAAAGAUGAGGAUGUUCUAUUAGUUUGCAGCCAGUUAGAAGAGAUAAAAUAAGGAACUUAGUGAUAAGAGAUAGGGUUGGUUGUAAGUAUUGAUGGGAAGAUGUGGGGAAUAAGACCUGCGAUGUUUGGGGUUAGGAUUUAUUAUGAGGAAGCAUCAUGUUGCUCCUGUUAGGAGAUAUGAAUGGAUUGUCCUAAGGGGCUGUAUGAGAAGAGGAGGUAGACUGAAGAAGAGUUGAGAUGAGGAUAUGAGAUUGCAUUGGUUCUGCUUUCAAUAUCAAGGGAGCAAUGCAAUGCCCGAACUGUCGGAAGAUUGAGAAAGGCCAAUGGCUUUAUGCCACUGGUUGUCGUUCAUUUACGGAUAUUAUGGAUGAGUGGAACCACGAUGAGGAUCUUUAUGACCUAAGCUACUCUGAGAUGUUUGGAGUUCAAUGGUGUCCAUUGCCUGCGUUUUCACGGAUUCCCUCUUAUGAGGAAGGGGAAUUCCCAUCUACUGCAUAUCAUGAUUUUUUGGGUCAACAGGCUGUCUUUGCUGAACAUACGGCGGUUUCAUCUUCUACACAUCAAUGCCCCUAUGUGGCAUAUUAUGGACCAGUUCAUUCCUCAUCGUCAAAUUCUGUUGGAAGUGUGUCUGAUGGCUCUAAUUUUAGCAACCGCUGGGGUGGUCCAUCCGGACCCAGUGAAAUCCCAUCUUCCUACACCUUUGCUGCCAUGGACCCCCAUUAUCACGGUUGGGAGCAUCAUUCCGUGAGCUUCUCCGCUAAUGGAAAUCGAUUGGGUGGUUCUGAUCAACCUCCGGUUCCAUAUUUGACCCCAAGAUCCUCUAGAGUCAAUUCUGAUUUACCAAGAUUAGGGUCAUUUGUCCAUCCUUUUGUCAUUAGUCACAGUUCUGGCGGUAGGGUUGGAAGUUCAGUCACCUCGUCAAUGAUUCCACCUUAUCCAGGUAGUGCUGCUCGUGCUCGUGAUCGCGUACAAGCUCUUCAGGCAUACUUCCAGCCUCCCAGCACUUCUCCACCUAUGCGUGCACCCAUCAUGUCCAAUUCAAGAAGAUCUGGUGGUCAUCGGGGCUUACCACAAGGGCCCCCACAGCCCUCAUCAUCUGAUCAAACAGCCGGUGGCUUCUAUGUGUUUCCAUCAAAUACUUCCACUCGGAGCUUUCCUGAGGCAGAGAAUCCAAUAUCUAAUAGAUACCAUGGGUGGGAAAGAGACCAUUUGGGUUCUUUCCCAUUAAGUCAGGGUGAUAGAGAUUCCAGCUGGCUUUCCCAUCAAGUUAUUGGCGGGUCCAGCGGUUCCCGCCAACGGCAUGGAUCUGAAAGGAUGCUAUCACAAAACCGGUCAUGAACACAACCCUUUGUCUAUCUUUUUUUUUUCGUAUUUUGGGUGAAAGCGGAAAAAAACAUAUUGCCAAAUAUUACAACUGCGGAAACCAAAGAAGUAUGUAAUGUGUGAAACGAUGCACAAUGGUUUUUAAUUGGUGUUUCGCUAGGACAAGCGAGACUCUUAGAUGCUAUUGAGUCAUGAGUGGGUCCCGAAAUGGUCGUAUCUGGCAGUGGCUUCAUUGCCUUUGAGCAUAAGAAAAUUAAGACAUCGAAUUUUGGAUGGGCUACGGUUUGUGGUGAAGUGUCUUAUGCCUUGGAAGUGAAUUGGAGUUUUUUUGCUAGAAUGGCAAAGGGUUUGUAAGAAUGGGGGAAUUGGAUUAUGUUGCCUUAACUUUAUCGGUUUAUCCCCGUGUAUUUGUGCUGUUUUGCACACCGUGUAUUUGUGCUAUUUUGCACCCCGUAUAUUUGUGCUAUUUUGUAUGAAAAUAUGUAAAAGAAGUUUUGAACA